AAAAGGAAGAAUAGCGCCGCGCCGCAGCCAGUUGUUUUCGUCGGCCCAAAACCCUAGCGCCCUCCCCCUCCCCCUCCCCCUCCACCGCCGCCGCUGCCGCCGACGACGAUGGGGAAGCGCCCGCGCCACGGCGGCUCCGGCCGGUCCCGUUCGCCCUACUUCGAGUCCAAGAUCCGCCGCCUCAUCUCCGAGGGCUGUCUCUCCGGCUCCUCCGCCGAGGACGUCGCCGUCGCCCUCCGCUCCCGCUUCCCGGAGUUCCGCCGCCAGAAGCUGGAACCCUUCACCGCCGCCAUCCGCCGAACCCUCAACGCGAUCGCCUCCAACUCCAACUCCGACUCCGACUCCGCCGCCGACGAGGACUCCCACGCCUCCACUCCCUCCCGCCCCCGCCGCCGCCAUGACGCGCAUGCGACCGCCUCCUCCUCCACCUCCGUCUCCGACGAGGCGGCACACCCACCGCCUCCCCCUGUCUACGACGUCACCAAGUCCAUGCUCCGCUCCCAGUACAUCUCCCAGACUCCCAAACGAGACCCCGGCAGCAACCAGCAACUGGAAAUCGACGUCGCUGCCGAGAAGCCCCGCCGCUUCAUCACCUCCGAUGGCGGCGCCGGUGGUGAGGCGAAGCCCGAGGCGGCUCUAUCUGGUGAAGGAGGCGACAGAGGGAGCAAGAGGCCGACGUUUUCUGAUCUUGGAGGGAUGGAAUCGGUGAUAGAACAGCUGAUGAUGGAGGUGGUGGUGCCCCUGUGCCAUCCGGAGGUGCCGCGCUGGCUUGGGGUUAAGCCUGUGGCUGGCCUGCUGCUGCACGGGCCACCUGGUUGCGGGAAGACCACCCUCGCGCACGCCAUCGCCAAUGAGACCGGUGUGCCGUUCUACAAGAUAUCGGCGCCGGAGGUUGUCUCUGGUGUCUCUGGGGCUUCUGAGGAAAACAUCAGAAGCUUGUUUAAGAAGGCGUACAGGACUGCUCCUUCAAUUGUAUUUAUAGAUGAGAUAGAUGCAAUUGCAUCCAAGAGGGAGAAUCUACAACGAGAAAUGGAACGACGGAUAGUUACACAGCUAAUGACAUGUAUGGAUGAAUACCACCAACAAAUUGGCACUGGUAGUGGUGAUGCUGGUCCAGAAUCAUCUGAAAAGAAACCUGGCUAUGUUAUUGUUAUUGGAGCUACAAAUAGACCUGAUGCUGUUGACCAAGCACUUCGUAGGCCAGGAAGGUUUGAUCGAGAGAUAUCUCUUGGUGUUCCAGAUGAGUAUGCACGAAAAAAAAUACUAAUGAUGCUUACUCGGAAUCUUCGACUGGAAGGCCAGUUGGACUUGUUCAAGAUUGCGAGGGCCACAUCAAGCUUUGUUGGUGCAGACUUGAAGGCAUUGGUGGAUAAAGCAGGGAACCUAGCAAUGAAGAGAAUAAUCGACAGAAGAAGAGCUCGAUUUCGCCAAGAGCAUGAUGGAAACAGCAAGCAAGACUGGUGGAGACAACCUUGGGAUUCUGAUGAGGUAGAGGGCUUGAGUAUUACCAUGGAUGACUUUGAGGAAGCAACCAAGAUGGUUCAACCAUCUUUGAGAAGAGAAGGAUUUUCUUCUAUCCCUGAUGUCACAUGGGAUGAUGUUGGAGGCCUUGAUUCACUAAGGAAAGAGUUUGACCGCUACAUUAUCCGAUGUAUCAAGCACCCUGAAGAAUAUAAGACAUAUGGAUUGAAUAUGCAAGCUGGAUUCUUGCUGUUUGGACCACCUGGCUGUGGGAAAACAUUGAUAGCAAAAGCAGUUGCGCAUGAGGCAGGGGCAAAUUUUAUUCAUAUUAAGGGGCCUGAGCUGCUGAACAAGUAUGUUGGCGAGAGUGAAUCAGAAGUUAGGAAAAUUUUCAUCCGCGCACAAACUAAUACCCCGUGCAUCCUUUUCUUUGAUGAGGUAGAUGCUUUGACAACAAAAAGAGGGAAAGAGGGGGGAUGGGUUGUUGAACGUCUCCUAAACCAGUUGCUUAUUGAACUUGAUGGUGCUGGUGAACGUAAAGGUGUUUUUGUUAUUGGAGCUACAAACAGAAUCGAUGUGAUAGAUGAUGCAGCACUUCGGCCUGGUAGAUUUGGCAAGAAACAUUAUGUACCUUUACCCGGUGCAAAUGAGCGGGUUUCGAUAUUGAGAGCACUUGCUCGAAACAAACCUAUAUCCCCCAGCGUUGAUUUGGGUGCACUGGCACGUAGGGAGGAAUGCAGCAAUCUCACUGGUGCUGACCUAGCAUCAAUGGUGAAUGAAGCUGCCAUGGCAGCAUUGGAAGAGAGACUGGAGUUCCUGGAGAAUGGGGAAUCAUCAAUGAGCUCAUCAUCUUCUAUUGAACUCCCUCAUUUUGAACGUGCUCUAGCCAAAAUGCAACCAUCGGUAUCUGAGCAGCAAAGGAAGCACUAUGAGGCGCUUUCUAGGAAGUACUCGGCGAGCUGAUAUUUCGCCAUGCUUCAGAUGCAUUUUUGUCUCUGAAUUGCCGAAUCUCAACUCUCAAGCCGGCUUGCAGGCAGGGAAAAUAGAGGUUUCGUUUUGCAAUCAAUUUUGGUUUUGCUUUAUUUCUCUUUUUUUCCUUCAUAUUAGAGCAAGUAUAAUACCAGUCUAUAAGCUGACUAUAUGCUUAUGUGGAGAAGAGAGUAGAUGAGAGAGUGUAAGCAGGCUGUAAGUUUAUAGCCAACUUGAAAACAGAAACAAGAAACUCUAUGAGAGUGAUAUGUGAGUCCUGUAUUAAUAAUGAAGAGCUAACUAGUAUAUAGGUGGGCUAAGGGAAAGCUAUAAGACUUCUUAUAGUCACUUUGUUGGCUAUAUUAUUAGCCUUGCUCUUAGCAGGCCUACUGGCAAUUUUGUGCGUGCGACCUAAAUUAAUUAACAUAGUAGUAGAUGAUUGAGUGAGUAGUAUAAAUAUGCGCGAAAAAUAGCUCUUUUUUUUUCUUUUCAUUUAUUGUACAAUCAGUAUUCCCCUUGUGUUGUUGUAAUGGAACCAAUUGAGUA